AUGGGUGCCCACCCUAAGAGCCCCAAGCCUGAAGAUACCAGAGACCCUAAAACCAAGCAACGUUCAUCAUCAUCUUCUUAUUACCCUUCAACCUCUACCUCCAAAACAACCACUUCUCCCAACCAUCAUAAGAGCACUACCCGCGACACGGAAAUACCAGCGCGCAAGCCCGCCACAGCCGCAACUGGUAAACAGGUCAACGGCAGCACCACUAGCACCUCUCCUCAAUCGGAUUACCAAAAUUCCGGACCUGGUUUUACUCAAACCGUAAAAAACAUCCCCGGCGUCGGUUUAGUCUACAACGACAACCAGAGCAACCCAAAUCCCGUUCACGGAGUCAAUCCAGCUUCUGGUCCGCAACCGCACCUAGGUCAUCAGAUUCCAGGAGCCGCGUCGCCUCAGGUCUUACCGCCGGGCUUCGUCCAGAAGCAGCCUCAAGUCGUUCCUCAAUUCGCGUUCCCUGCAAGCCAACAGCAAGCUCCGGUUAUGGCGUACGCUAGUUUCAUGCCCAACCAGGGCCAACACUUUCAACCUCCUGUGCCUGACACCACUUACGGUCCUAUCCCGCAUACUUACCACCCUCGCUUCGAUAACAACAACGUUGCUGCUGGUCAGUACGUAUCGAUCGAUGGUCAUCUUUACCAGGUUGUUGGAACUUCGAACGCCCAUGACGGCGCUCCUGCGGCAGUACAAUAUGUGCCCGUUCAACAGGUAUCUGCCAUUCUCACUCAAGACGCACCAAUGGUCGUGCCCAUUGCCUCCGGCGUUGCCGGCAACCCGAUUGUUCUUCAGCAGCAACAAGGUGGUCAGGCACCCGUUUUUAUUCAGGGUCAGCCCGGCGUACACAUCGCUCAACCAGCUCCAGUAGCCACCCAGCCCGGUGCAUUCCCUCCCAUGGUGGGCGCACCUCAGGCAGUCGGAGCUAGCGGUAUGCCUGGCGCCUUCCCUGCGAGCUCUGCCCCUGACGUCAUGGGAAUUGGCAAGACCGGAAUGGAAGUACAGUUGGAGCAGUAUCAUACGGCUGUAAACAACAAGGCCCUCGAAGGACAGGACAUCGCCCCCGCCGACCCCGACCCGUCUCGCAUGUACUACUGCCGAGAGCUUGAUGGCGAGUGGACUCUCCGCAACCGCUUCGGUAUCGAUAACAUGGGCGAUUGCCGUUGGUACGUCCUACCCGGCGGUAUUUUCUAUGCCGUCCGAUUAGCCGACUGA